AUGAAGUGCGUUCAUUGCAAACUAGAUAAACUCUCUAAAGAGUUUCCACCCACUACCGUUACAGAAAAGUGCCAGCAUAUUUCUUCCUUUUGUUUGCGAUGUCUGAUAACACAAAUAGACGCCGUUCAAAAUAAGCAACAAGCUAAAUGUCCAGAAUGUAAUUCAUUAAUAAAUCCUCAAGAAAUGAAAGCACUCAAUUUAGCAUGGGAGAAGGCACCUUUUAAAAUCGACGUAGAAAGCAUUGGUAGAGUCCAUUCACCAGCAAUUCAACAACCGGAUGGCGCUCCUCUAAAAGGUGACUUCUAUAUUGUAAUGUUGAAUGGCCAAAAAGUGACUAUGAAACUGGAAGAAAAUAAAACCGUGUUAGCUUUGAGAGCUUCUGUAAAUAAGCAAUUAAAAGUUAAUCAAACAAAACAAAAGUUGAUUUAUCGCGGUAAAGAGCUGGAG